GAAAAUGAGACCUGGAGAGGUCCUUAUAGACUGCUUAGAGUCUGUUGAAGAUACCAAAGGAAACAAUGGAGACAGAGGUAGACUACUUGUGACAAAUUUGCGGAUUAUUUGGCGCUCAUUGUCAUUGCCCAGAGUCAAUCUCUCUGUUGGUUACAACUGCAUUAUAAAUAUAACUACAAGAACUGCCAACUCAAAAUUACGAGGACAGACAGAAGCUCUGUAUAUAUUGACUAAAUGUAACAAUACACGAUUUGAGUUCAUAUUUACUAAUGUUGUCCCCGGGAGUCCCAGACUCUUCACUUCAGUUAUUGCUGUACACAGAGCUUAUGAAACUUCUAAAAUGUAUCGUGAUCUGAAGCUGAGAAGUGCAUUGAUUCAAAACAAGCAGCUGAGAUUGUUGCCACAAGAACAAAUAUAUGAUAAAAUCAAUGGAGUUUGGAAUUUAUCAAGUGACCAGGGAAAUUUGGGAACAUUUUUUAUUACUAAUGUGAGAAUAGUUUGGCAUGCAAGUAUGAAUGACAGCUUUAAUGUCAGCAUACCAUAUCUACAAAUUCGUUCAAUAAAAAUAAGAGACUCGAAGUUUGGCUUGGCACUUGUGAUAGAGAGUUCUCAGCAGAGUGGAGGAUAUGUGCUUGGUUUUAAAGUAGACCCUGUGGAGAAACUACAGGAGGCAGUGAAAGAAAUUAAUUCACUUCACAGAGUUUAUUCAGCUAACCCUAUAUUUGGCGUGGAUUAUGAAAUGGAAGAAAAGCCUCAACCUCUUGAAGACCUAACAGUGGAGCAGGUUCAAGAUGAUGUGGAAAUAGAAUCCGAUGAACAUACAGAUGCUUUUGUGGCUUACUUUGCAGAUGAAAACAAGCAACAUGAUGGGGAGCCUGUUUUUUCAGAAGAACUGGGACUUGCAAUAGAGAAGCUAAAGGACGGAUUCACUCUCCAGGGACUCUGGGAAGUAAUGACCUGAUUUAGAUCGGCACGCAUUUGUUUCCUGGGCAAGAAAAGACUUCCAGUUCUUACUGGGCUCGUGAGACCUGUAGAAGUUAAUUUAGAAAUACCAGAGUAGCGGACAAAGAACAUGGCAA